UGAGCGCCGUAUAUAAAGCGUACGGACAAUGUAGCUCGUCCAGAUCAGUGCUCGGAAAGCAUUCCAUCGAGACGGAUAAUCGUGGACACGAGUAAUUUUUUCCAUUAAACAUCAAGGACAGAGCCAUAAUGCGACUUAACAGUAUCGUACCAAAUUUUAAGGCUGAUACCACGCAAGGCCCCAUCGACUUUUACGAUUGGCAGGGCGAAUCAUGGGUAGUCCUGUUUUCUCAUCCUGCGGAUUUUACUCCUGUGUGUACCACCGAAUUAGGUCGUAUCGCGGUACAUCAGCCAUAUUUUGAAAAGCGCAACACCAAGCUGUUAGCUCAUUCAGUCGACAAGCUCAAAGAUCACGUGGACUGGGUCAAUGACAUCAAAUCAUACUGCAAGGAUAUUCCUGGGGCUUUUCCAUAUCCUAUAAUCGCUGAUCAUGAGCGCAAGCUUGCCGUGCAACUGGACAUGAUCGACGAGCAGAGUAAAGAUGAUCCAGAAACCGCUCAAACUGUUCGAGCUUUGUACAUCAUCAGUCCGGAUCAUCGUCUGCGACUUUCCAUGCAAUAUCCGACCUCUACUGGACGCAACGUCGACGAAAUAUUACGUGUAAUCGAUUCACUGCAACUUGUCGACAGAAGACCGGAAGUAGCAACUCCCGCCAAUUGGGUGCCUGGCGAAAAAGUAAUGAUUUUGCCAACAGUCAAAGAGGAAGAUCUCCCGAAACUCUUCCCAGGAGGCGUCGAUCGCGUAUCCAUGCCGUCCGGAAAGGUGUAUGUCCGCACUACUACUAAUUACUAAUUGUAAAAAUAUUUUGUUUACAAAUAUAUUUUUAUUCACUUCAGAACUUUACUCAACUUUCAGCAUUUUAAAACACGUUUAUGAGAUUUAAACAGGAUCGUAACAUGAUAAGAUUUCUUUUAAUAAAAAUUGCAUUCAGCUUUGACAAUAA